GCCUUCUGUGACUGUCCAGGCUGUGUAGUUGAACACUGAUAAGCAAUGUUGACGUGGUAACCAUACACAUUCUAUAUGGUGGUGAAAAUCUUUAGUUUACUUGAAAAAGGGUUAGUAACGCAAAUAUGCUGGACUUUGCCAUCUUUGCGGUGACGUUUGUCAUAAUUUUAGUCGGUGCUGUUCUUUAUUUGUACCCGUCAUCCAGGAGGGCCUCUGGUGUCCCAGGUCUCUACCCCACUGACGAAAAGGACGGGAACCUGCAGGACAUUGUCAACAAAGGCAGCCUGCAUGAGUUCCUUGUCGGCCUUCAUCAGGAGUUUGGUUCUGUGGCAUCGUUCUGGUUCGGUGGUCGGCCCGUGGUCAGUCUUGGCUCCGUGAACCACCUACAGCAGCACAUCAACCCCAACCACACCACUGACUCCUUUGAGACCAUGCUGAAGUCGUUGCUCGGCUACCAGUCGGGAAUGGGAGGCGGCGCCAAUGAAUCGGUGAUGAGGAAGAAGCUGUAUGAGAGCGCCAUCAGCAACAGCCUGAAGAACAACUUCUCCACUAUCCUCCAGGUGGUGGAGGAGCUGGUGGGGAAGUGGAGCUCGUUUCCAGAGGCUCAGCACAUUCCUCUGUGUUCACACAUGCUAGGCCUGGCUCUGAAGACCGUCACCCAGCUGGGACUGGGCGAGCGCUUCAGGGACGAUGCCAAAGUCAUCUCCUUCCGCAAGAACCAUGACGCGAUAUGGUCAGAAGUCGGUAAGGGCUACAUGGAUGGUUCCCUGGAAAAGAGCUCCAGCAGAAAAGCUCAUUAUGAGACGGCUCUGUCGGAGAUGGAAUCCAUGCUGCUGUCGGUGGCGAAGGAGAGGAAAGCUCAGAGGAAACAGUCGGUGUUUGUAGAUGCUCUCCUUCAGUCCAGCCUCACAGAACGACAGAUCAUGGAGGACUGCAUGGUUUUCACUUUGGCCGGAUGUGUCAUCACUGCUAACCUGUGCAUCUGGGCAGUUCAUUUCCUGUCCACCUCAGAAGAAGCCCAGGACAACUUGUACCAAGAGCUGCAGGACGUCCUGGGUUCUGAUCCGGUUUCCUUGGACAAGAUUCCUCACCUCAGAUACUGCCAGCAGGUCCUCAACGAGACGGUGAGAACCGCCAAGCUGACCCCCGUUGCUGCUCGGCUUCAGGAAGUUGAGGGGAAAGUCGAUCAGCAUGUCAUCCCCAAAGAGACUUUGGUGAUCUACGCCCUUGGGGUGGUCCUACAAGACGCCGACAUGUGGAGCGCCCCAUACAGGUUCGAUCCGGCUCGAUUUGAGGAAGACUCGGCUAGAAAGAGCUUCUGUCUGCUCGGCUUCUCGGGGAAUCAAACGUGUCCAGAACUCAGGUUUGCUUACACUGUAGCCACAGUCCUGGUCAGCACGUUGGUCCGGCGGCUGAAGCUCCACCAGCUGCAGGGACAGGUGGCAGAGGUUCGCUCUGAGCUGGUGUCCUCACCUAAGGAGGAGACCUGGAUCACUGUCAGCAGAAGAAGCUGAAGACGGUGUUCCAUGUGAGAGGGAUCAACGUGUCCCGCUUUAACAGAGCCAAUUUAAAUCAGGAAGGACAAAUGACCAUUUUAUUUCUCCUGAAUGUUCUCUGGUUCCUCCUACUCUGGUUGCCUUAUUAGUGCUUUUACAGCAUUCAGCUGCCUUUUUUUUAAACUUGUUCAUAACACAAAACAUCAAAGUUAGCACUUGUUGGCUCUCAUUUGUUUAAAGGUGAGAAAUGGAAGGCUGAAUGUUGAUGAAAACUGACUAGGACGUAUCUUUAAAGGGGCUGUUUGUAAAGAACACUGCCAUCUAGGGGUCAGUCUGAAAUCAGCAACCACUUUUGGUUCAACAAAUUCUUGUCAAAUUUGACAUUUAAUAAGAAUAUUAUUAGCUUUAUUUCACUCAGUUGUCGUUUAGAAAUAUGACCAAUGUUUAUUGUAGUUUUUUUGUUUGCCCCUAUCUGGCCGAUGUUCCAUGAUUUGGGAAGUGUGUCAACAGUUUCGAUUAUCUUAUUUCUUCCUUCUUACCACAUCCCCCCCCCCUCCCCCCCCCCCCCCCCGGCACAAAUCUUUGUUCUUCUCACUAGUAAUUUUAGAUUCAAUGUUUUGAGUGAAUUGUUUAAAAAAAUGUCAGAAUUUAAAAGUUUAUUCAUCUUUUAGAGAAAGUUUCUUGUUUAUUGAACUUGUACAAAAAUGAGAAUUUUUGUCAUGUUUUUCUACUUCAGGAACUUUUUUGGUCUGUUUAUGGAAAGUAAUUUAAUUUGGACUCAUUUGAUAUGGAAUUUUUAAUCAUUUUUAUAAAGGUUGAAUAUGGAACAAUUUAAUAAAAAUCUGUGUUUAACUAAA